UGUAAUGGGUUGAGGCCAAUCCGAUUCAUCAAAAAGAUUAAACACAAGUCCAAUAGUUAAGAAAGAAGAAAUUAUGGCAGAUAUUUCUAGAGAAAAUGGCAGCCAAUGGAACAUUCAAAAUGACAAUAGCCGGAGAGUUGACCCUCCAGAACAAUGGAACUUUGCAGGCGACCUUGAAGUCGAAGAACAUAAUGAACGAAAGGAACCAGAAAAUAAGGAACAGUCUACAGUGAGGCAAUCCUUAGAUGAGGUUAAGAAGCAUGAGAAGUUUCGAAAAAUUCAAAGGAUUAAGACAGAGAAGAUGGUAAAUCAGAUUGCACAGAACAAUCCUGAAAAACUUGGGGAAGCUUCCAGAGAUAUUAUUAACCGUAUUGAUAACUUUAAAUUACAAAAGAAUAAUCUACCCGAGCAGAUCUCUCCGAAAUAUAAGAACAAGAGUCCUGAUAUGUUAAAUAGCAUUGAGAAGCAAUCACCUCAAGUUCCUAUUUCAGACAUAGAGUCUGGUAACGCAUCAAAUAAUAUUACUGACAAUGUAAUCAAGCAGCCCCCAAAGAAAGCACCUACACAGAGGAUUGAUAUGCCUGCAGCAGCAGUUAUUGCAAGGAAUGUGGUGUCCUAUGAUUUUGGUUCGAAAGGAAAGACAUCUAGAAAUUCAAUAAGAAAAUCCGAACCUUCAGACAGCGAUUACGGCAAAUCAACAAAUGUCGUAAUCGCAAAGUCAAUUAGUGUUAAACCUGGCACUAAAGUGAUUCAACCAGAUAAUAAGAUGUCAAGCAUAUAUUAUGAUGCAAAUGAUACGAAUAAUGGUCAUCCUGUGAGGAAGGACUCUCCUUCAAACCUAAACGGCCUUCUCGAAGAUUUACAAAAUGACAACAAUGAUGUAUUUGGAAAUCCAGUUGAUGAGUAUAAAGCAACUCUGAUCGAUACUCAAGAAGAUGAAAUAAAUGAAGAGCAGCUUCUUAAAGAACUAGAUGAGUCUUCUGAAAUAAAUGACUUCAAACCUGAAAACAGACUUCAACAAAUUGCUAUGAUGAACCAGCUGAAAGAGAUGCAGGAUAUGCACUCAGGGUUCAUGAAAGAAAAUCAUGUAAUGAGAAUGGACGAUGAGGAUUAUGAACCUAUAAAUCUUAGUGAUUCUAUAGGGAAAUUUGGGGACCAAUUAAUUAUCCCUCAGCCAAAGAAAGAUGAAAAAAUGGAAGAGCCACCAUCUCCUAAUCAAUUUAAUCUCGAUGACCUAAUGGAUGAAUUUGGAAAGUCUCAUGGAGAUACUCUAAAAGCUAAAAUGGAGAGAAAAAAUAAAGAAGAAUCGGAAAAUGGAAGAGAUUUUCUUGAUGAAUUUUAA